UCAUCCUGAGACAUUGCAGUUUGCUUAAUUAUAUUACAAUUUCACAAAAGAAACCAAUUAAGUGAGAAUUAAUACACAGAAAGAGAGAUGGUUGAGAAAUCACGAACUUGUGCAGCCAAUGAUGAUCUUGAACCUAAGCUUUCAAGUUAUGAGGAUUUUCAUCCUUUUGCCGAAUUGUGUACCGAAGACAAAGAUUAUAAUGUCUUAGCUGUUCAUCUUCCUGGAUUUAAGCAGCAGCAAAUAAUUAUCACGAUGCUGCGGCCAUCUCACAAAAUUCGAAUUCAAGGAGAGCGAAUAUGUGCAAAUAACAAACGGCAAAAAUUCAAUCAAUGUUAUAAAAUUCCACAAAAUUCUAACCUAAAUAAGAUCCAAGCAAGGUGGGAGAAUGAUUUUUUGAGAAUUAUGAUGCCAAAAGAGACCGUGACGCUGCUGGUUGCGGCAGCUAAAGAUCUGGAACAAGCUGCUGUGAAGUGUAAAACAGAGAGGCAGAUGCUGAUUAGCGCCGGCGUGGCGGCUCUUGUCUGCGUGGCGGCUCUUGCGGUUGCGGCAUUUGGAGCUUAUGUUUCCUGCAUAAUUGGAUCAAAAAGCUGAAGAUGAUUUGCUAGCUUGUUCUUGAAAUAUUAAAUGCUAGUGAUUAAGUUGUACGUAUUUUGUGUUUCAAUUGUGAAUUCUGAUCAAAAUACAUUUUACUUGAUGGUAUAAAUUAUUUA